CACUGGAAGACCCCUCUCGGGCGCCCCCGCCCCAAGUCCAGUGUCCGCCGCCCGUUGGAGACCAAUGGGAGGCUCUUGCGCGUCUCGGAUCGAUUUUCCUGGUGCGGAGUUCACUCCCGCAGCCGCUGCGGCGUCUCGGACCCGCGGCACCUCGGAGCCAGGCGCGGAGCCGGAGAGGGAGCUGCGCAGAGGAGACUCGAAGCCGGCGCCCGCAGCGCCGCACCUUCCCCGCGGGCAGUGGGCGAGCCUGGGGAUCCACAUCUCUGGGCCGGGUCUACGCGGCUCACUCUCUUUCAUUUCCUCCCCGGCACGCGCCAGAGGCUGAAGACCGAGGCCAGAGCGCACCAGCCCCAGAGGUGACCUUGGGCUCUGGGCUGCAUUACAGAAGAAAUUAGUGCCUCGGGGAGAUGAAGCCCGAGCAGGAGAGACGGAUUAUAGAUCGGGAAGAAGCCAAUCGGAGAAUCCUGUCUAAGCUUUCCUGGACUGCUCGAGCCUGGGAGCCAGAGAUGAAGCAGAGUUUUGCCUUUGACAACACUGGCUAUGAGGAUGGCCUGGACGGCAUGUGCCCCUCUCAGACGGCCACCGGCACGAUCAGCAUCGCGGGCAUGACCUGCCAGUCGUGUGUGCAGUCCAUCGAGGGCAGGGUCUCCAGUUUGAAGGGCAUCGUGAGCAUUAAGGUUUCCCUGGAACAGGGCAGCGCGGCUGUGAAGUACGUGCCGUCGGUCCUGAGCCUACCUCAGGUUUGCAGUCACAUCGAGGACAUGGGAUUUGAAGCCAGCGUGGUGGAGGGAAAGGCUGCCUCCUGGCCAUACAGGUCCUCGCCCGUCCCAGAGGCCGUGGUCAAGCUUCGGGUGGAGGGCAUGACCUGCCAGUCCUGCGUCAGCUCCAUAGAAGGAAAGAUCGGGAAACUGCAAGGUGUCGUGAGGGUCCGCGUUUCGCUCGGCAGCCGGGAGGCAGUCAUCACUUACCAGCCUUACCUUAUUCAACCCCAAGAGCUCAGGGACCAUGUGAACGACAUGGGGUUUGAAGCCAUCAUCAAGAACAAGGGGGCCCCCAUGAACCUGGGACUGAUCGAUGUCAGACGGCUGCAGAGCGCCCACCCAAAUGUGCCGCUAGCUUCCAGCAAUCAGAAUGGCAGUAACUCAGAGACCUCGGGGCACCGGGGGAGCCAGGUGGUCACCCUGCACCUGGGCGUGGAUGGGAUGCACUGUAAGUCUUGUGUCCUGAAUAUCGAAGACAACAUAGGCCAGCUCCCAGGAGUUCAGAGCAUUCAUGUGUCCUUGGAGGACAGAUCUGCCCAAGUGCAGUACGACCCUUCUUGCAUCUCCCCGGGGGCCCUGCAGAGGGCCAUCGAGGCUCUUCCACCUGGGAAGUUUAAAGUUUCUCUUCCUGAUGGAGCAGAAGAGAGUGGAACAGAAGCCAGACGCCGCUCCCCUGGGCCCCCCAAGGGCCUCCCAGAGCCCGGUGCGCACUGGACCGCGGUGCUCUCCAUCGCCGGCAUGACCUGCAUGUCCUGCGUCCAGUCCAUCGAGGGCCUGGUCUCCCAGAGGGAAGGGGUGCAGUGGAUAUCGGUCUCUUUGGCUGAAGGGACCGGAAUGGUUCUCUACGAUCCGUCUGUGACUAGCGCAGAAGAACUCCGAGCUGCCGUGGAGGACAUGGGAUUUGAGGCGUCCGUCCUGGCUGAAAACCAUUCCAGCAACCAUGUUGGGAACCACAGUGCUGAGAGUUCCACGGGGCAGGCUGGCCCCCCCGUGUCUGUGCAGGAGGCAGCUCCCCACCCUGGGGCACUCCCUGAAAACCACAACCCUGGCCGCUUGUCCGAGUCCCCACCGGCCUCCGAGACAGCGGCCCCGCAGAAGUGCUUCCUACGAAUCACCGGCAUGACCUGUGCGUCCUGUGUGUCCAACAUAGAGAGAAACCUGCAGAAGGAAGCUGGUAUUCUCUCCGUGCUGGUUGCCCUGAUGGCUGGGAAGGCAGAGGUGAAGUAUAACCCAGGAGUCAUCCAGCCCCUGGAGAUAGUGCAGCUCAUCCAGGACCUGGGCUUCGAGGCAGCAGUGAUGGAGGACUACGCGGGCUCGGACAGCGACCUGGAGCUGAUCAUCACGGGGAUGACCUGCACCUCCUGUGUUCACAACAUAGAGUCCAGACUCACAAGGACAAACGGCAUCACCUAUGCCUCUGUGGCUCUCGCCACCAGCAAAGCCCAUGUGAAGUUUGAUCCUGAAACGAUCGGCCCGCGGGAUAUUGUCAGAAUUAUUGGGGAAAUGGGCUUUCGUGCUUCCCCGGCCCAGAGGAACCCCACCGCUCAUCACUUGGACCACAAGGUGGAGAUAAAGCAGUGGAAGAAGUCUUUCCUGUGCAGCCUGGUGUUUGGCAUCCCUGUCAUGGGUUUAAUGAUCUACAUGUUGAUACCCAGCAACGAGCCGCAUGAGUCUAUGGUCCUGGACCACAACAUCAUCCCAGGACUGUCCAUCCUCAAUCUCAUCUUCUUUAUCUUGUGUACCUUUGUCCAGUUCCUCGGAGGCUGGUACUUCUACGUUCAGGCCUACAAGUCUCUGAGACACAGGGCGGCCAACAUGGAUGUGCUCAUCGUGCUGGCCACGAGCAUUGCCUACAUCUACUCCCUGGUCAUCCUGGUGGUGGCCAUCGCUGAGAAGGCCGAGAGGAGCCCCGUGACGUUCUUCGACACCCCCCCCAUGCUCUUCGUGUUCAUUGCCCUCGGACGGUGGCUGGAACACGUGACAAAGAGCAAAACGUCAGAAGCCCUUGCCAAACUCAUGUCUCUGCAAGCCACGGAAGCCACCGUCGUGACUCUUGGCGAAGACAGCUUAAUCAUCAGGGAGGAGCAGGUGCCCAUGGAGCUGGUGCAGCGCGGCGAUACCAUCAAGGUCAUCCCCGGGGGCAAGUUCCCGGUGGACGGGAAAGUCCUGGAAGGCAGCACCAUGGCCGACGAGUCCCUCAUCACAGGAGAGGCCAUGCCGGUCACCAAGAAACCUGGCAGCACGGUGAUCGCCGGGUCCAUAAACGCCCACGGCUCUGUGCUCGUUACUGCCACCCACGUGGGCAACAACACCACCCUGGCUCAGAUCGUGAAGCUGGUGGAAGAGGCUCAGAUGUCAAAGGCACCCAUUCAGCAACUGGCUGACCGGUUUAGUGGAUAUUUUGUCCCAUUUAUCAUCAUCAUUUCAACUUUGACGUCGGUGGUAUGGAUUGUAAUCGGUUUUAUCGAUUUUGGUGUUGUUCAGAAAUACUUUCCUACCCCCAACAAGCAUAUCUCCCAGGUGGAGGUGGUCUUCCGGUUUGCAUUCCAGACGUCCAUCACGGUGCUGUGCAUCGCCUGCCCCUGCUCCCUGGGCCUGGCCACGCCCACGGCCGUCAUGGUGGGCACCGGCGUGGCCGCCCAGAAUGGCAUCCUCAUCAAGGGAGGCAAGCCCCUGGAGAUGGCCCACAAGAUAAAGACUGUGAUGUUUGACAAAACUGGCACCAUUACCCAUGGGGUCCCCAAAGUCAUGCGGGUCCUCCUGCUCGUGGACAUGGCCACACUGCCCCUCAGGAAGGUUCUCGCUGUGGUGGGGACCGCGGAGGCCAGCAGUGAGCACCCCUUGGGCGUGGCAGUCACCAGAUACUGUAAAGAGGAACUUGGAACAGAGACCAUGGGAUACUGCACGGACUUCCAGGCGGUGCCAGGCUGUGGGAUCGGCUGUAAAGUCAGCAGCGUGGAGGGCAUCCUGGCGCAGGGCGAGCGCCUGCAGAACGAACGGACCGCUCACCUGAAUGGGGUCAGCAGCAUCCCCGUGGAAACAGAUGCGGCCCCGCAGACCUUCUCUGUGCUGAUCGGAAACCGGGAGUGGAUGAGGCGCAACGGCUUGACGGUCACCAGCGACGUCAGCGACGCCAUGACCGAUCACGAGAUGAAGGGCCAGACGGCCAUCCUGGUGGCCAUCGACGGUGUGCUCUGUGGGAUGAUCGCCAUCGCGGAUGCCGUCAAGCAGGAGGCCGCCCUGGCCGUGCACACGCUGAAGAGCAUGGGUGUGGACGUGGUUCUGAUCACGGGGGACAACCGCAAGACAGCGAGAGCCAUCGCCACCCAGGUUGGCAUCAACAAAGUCUUUGCAGAGGUGCUGCCUUCUCACAAGGUGGCCAAGGUCCAGGAGCUCCAGAACGAGGGGAGGAGGGUCGCCAUGGUGGGCGACGGGGUCAACGACUCCCCAGCCCUGGCCCAGGCCGACGUGGGCAUUGCCAUCGGGACGGGCACGGAUGUCGCCAUCGAAGCGGCUGACGUCGUCCUCAUCAGAAACGACCUGCUCGACGUGGUGGCCAGCAUUCAUCUCUCCAAGAGGACUGUGUGGAGAAUCCGGCUCAACCUGGUGCUGGCGUUGAUCUACAACCUGGUCGGGAUACCCAUCGCAGCAGGUGUCUUCAUGCCCAUUGGUGUCGUGCUGCAGCCAUGGAUGGGCUCGGCAGCCAUGGCGGCCUCCUCCGUGUCUGUGGUCCUCUCGUCACUGCAGCUCAAGUGCUAUAAGAAGCCGGAGCUGGAGUGGUACGCGGCGCAGGCACAGGGCCGCAUGAAGCCCCUGACCGCGUCCCAGGUCAGCGUGCACAUUGGCAUGGACGACCGGCGGCGGGACUCCCCCCGGGCCACACCCUGGGACCAGGUCAGCUACAUCAGCCAGGUGUCCCUGUCCUCCCUCAAGUCCGACAAGCUGUCUCGGCACAGCACUGCGGCCAAUGACAGAGGGGACAAGUGGUCUCUGCUCCUGAAUGACCGGGAUGAGGAGCAGUGCAUCUGAAAGCCGCAGGCAGGUGCAGACCCCAGCCGGCCUGGCCCCUCUCCCCGUGGCCGAGGCUCGAGUCCAGCAGGCGCGACACCAGCGGCCGGCAGCAGGGUCGUGGGGCCCGUCUCCAGCCCUGGUGCUCCCGCUCCCCGGGCCUCCUUGAUCAUCCCGUCCUGGACACGUGGAUGGUGCUGCCCGGCCCCACGGGCUCAGGGGAGGCGUCCUCCCCCGUGCUGUGGCAGGGCUUGUCAGAAGCCUGCCGGGACAGCCAGCCCUCUGCACAGCCUCUGCUUUAGCAUUUGGGAUGACUGCUCGUGACACGAGGAAGACCUUAUCAGGACCAGAACCUUAGCCAGGCCUUUCCACGGAGCUAAUAAAAACCUCUGGGUCGGGCUCUUUUUGACAACACCCGUGUGCAUCGUGUAUCUGAGACCAGUUUACCUCAAGUGCACCCAUUGAGCUCUGCUGGCACCGCCUCUCCCUUUUCUGCCCUUGACACUGGGGGUGUGGCACCCCAUCAUCCGAGGCCAGGGCUGCCGUCCUCGCUUCCCCGCUGCUGUUCUCGGGUGCCUCUCCGAGGGGCCUGAGUGCUCCUGCCUGCACCCCCAACUCACACGCCCGCUGGAGAGCUCGCCACGCGUCCUCAGGGCGAGAAGAGUUCUUUCUUGCUGCCAAGCCUCUUCUCCGUGGAGUCGUGGCUUCUCACUCCACAGAACCGAGUGCUGUUGCUGACUGUCGCUGCCCAGCUGGAGUGAGGUCUCAGAACCUGAGACUUGAGAAAUUUGUCUUCCUGUGGGAUCCAGGUAGACGGACCCCGGGAGGCCUGUGGUGCAGGAACCUGCUGGCCCAGUUCCUGGGGCUUCAGUUACAUGGCCUCAUAGGGUCCAAUACAGAAUUCAUGGAGGUAGUACCCCAAUGUCGUGCAGCUCCAAGGAAGUGGUACCCAAAUAAGAGAGAGGACACCCUAGUCCUCCACACACUUUGACUUCUGCACGCUGAGCUGGUGCCUUAGGAAGGGGGUGACCACAACUUCCCAAGGGAGAGUCUUUCUAACUUGCAGUGGCCUUUGUGGUUGCGUGACAUUGGAGGGGCAGGUACAGGGCCAUUGUAGACUCUGAGGUCGGUGGUGAUUGGCAGACCACACGGGGGAAGACUAGUAUGAUCAGAGUCUUAGAACAGGCAGAGCAGAGCCUGUUCCCAGUUCUGAGAUGAAGCCUUGUCACACACACACAGUCAUUUGAGUUAUUUAUUAAGUGUCAGCUAUUUUCCAGGGGGAUACAAACACUAUUUAUAAAUUACCUCUAAUCCUCCCAACAAACCAGCAAAGUAGAUAAUGUCCACGUUUCACAGGGGGGAACGGGCUCAGAGAGGCUAGUGAUCUUGCCCAGAAUCACACAGCCAGUGUAUAGGCCAGAGCAGGGGUCUGAAUCCACGUCUGUUGGCUCUGAAGUCUUUUCUCCAACUGGCCUCUACUUGAAUAGUUUGCUUGAUAAGAAUAAACAAGAAAAAGGCCCUUGCACCUGGAAGAAGGGAUCUGCCAGGUGAUAGAUUCAUGGACUUGGAGUGAAAUUCGAUCACAAGGUCGCAUCACCUUCCCUUGGGAUGGUUCCUUUCCAUUUCCAUACAGUUUAGUUUUUGCUGGGUCUUACCCUCUAAAAAUCCAUGCACAGCGCUUUGUUGUGUUUUUACUUUCCAGUCCUCCCUCCCCUCCCAGCCCCUUCCUGCUCUGUCCCCAGUCUUGUCCUCUCUUUACUCUUGGCUGUGCUGGGGGUGUUUCUUGUUUUGUAACUAGGCUGAUCACUGUCUGAAGAAUCUAAUUGUAUUGAUUUUUCAAAAAGCUUUUAGGACCAUAAAUGUCAUGUUUAUAGGGACACGAGAAUAUUUAUAUAAUUGUACGGAAAAUAACCUUUUAGAUGUUCAAAGUAUAAGGAAUUUUUGGUCAGAAAAGAAGAAUUCCUACUUCAGAAACU